CACACACCUCCAGACUUCGGUUCCUUAUGCCCCAGAACGGUAACGGCGGAUUGGCAUCUUGGAAGCGAUGCGAGAGCGAUAAGGCUGGCGCGGGUCCGCGGAAGCUGCAGGAGCAUCGCUAGGUGUUGCCGCCACCAGGAAGCCGGGCUGCAGGAUGAGUAAGAGAUACUUACAGAAAGCAACAAAAGGAAAACUGCUAAUAAUAAUAUUUAUUGUAACCUUGUGGGGGAAAGUUGUAUCUAGUGCAAACCAUCAUAAAGCUCACCAUGUUAAAACGGGCACUUGCGAAGUGGUGGCACUCCACAGAUGCUGUAAUAAGAACAAGAUAGAAGAACGGUCACAAACAGUCAAGUGCUCCUGCUUCCCUGGGCAGGUGGCGGGCACCACGCGAGCAGCUCCAUCUUGUGUGGACGCUUCCAUAGUGGAACAAAAAUGGUGGUGCCAUAUGCAACCAUGUCUUGAGGGAGAGGAGUGUAAAGUUCUUCCAGAUCGGAAAGGAUGGAGCUGUUCCUCCGGGAAUAAAGUGAAAACAACUAGGGUAACCCAUUAACCAAGGUGAAAUCAAGUGAUCCUCAAGGCUGAUUACACUGAACAUAUGCAUACAAACAUAAUUCAUAGGUGAUCUUGAAGAAAAAAUUUUAUACCGCUCCGAAGUGGCACUCUGGAGUCUAUUACUUCUGGGGGAUUUCAUGGCUCAUAAUCAGCUUCUUGGAAUCAAGACUCUUUAGAAGUCCUACAUGAACUUCAGUAUCAUGAAGAUUUCAUCAGAUUUGAACUGUGUUCAACUUGUAUAGUUGUACUUAAAAAAAGAAGUUGCUAUCUGAAGAGUUGGCAUUUCUGGAUGGUAUCAGAGACACCUACACUUUGGGCUCUUGGCCCCAAAUGUGACUGCCUUUCUGGUUUCUGAAAGUCUCUCAAGGGCACUGGCCUUCUGUCAUGGACCUGUUCCUGGGUCCCAUGUUCACUGGCUAGGAUUGUACAUGGCUUCAGUGACAUUUACUUUUGCAAACUUCUCCUUUGGCAUGGUGAAGACUGGGACAAUUUAAUUUGUAUCCUAACCUUGGAGCUCUGAAAGCCUACAUGUUUUAACAUCUUAAAGUUGCUUUUGUUAAAGGAAUGGAAAUAUAUAUCCAUUGAUAAUAAUUAUUGUUGGCAAGUUAUAGUUAUCUGAAAACAUCAAUCAUAUAAGAAUGUAUAGACAAGCUGACAUGUUUCCCCAAGGCUAACACACUACUGCAGCUCUCUGUCAGUUAAAUAGGUAGUAGUUAGAACUGAAUUACCAUUUUCAUUAUAUACUCCUAUUUGGUACCUCUAGAGUACAUUCCCUUUCAGAGUUUUUUAAGUGAACUUUUUCUUUUAUGUUCAUCCUUACUUUUUCCCUUCACAGAAAUCAGCAGUGAGCAGUCAAGUAUUUAGGUAACCUUCAGUUUCAAAAAAUUGCCAGGGAUGCAUGUGGGUUUUGAUUUCUUAGCUUGAAAGUUAUUUGCUUAGAUUUCUUCUAAUAUUUUUUUAAACUGUCCUUUCUAUCUCAUUUUUAAAAGACCGUCUCUUGCUUGAUUCCAAGGACUGUUUGAAUGCCUAUUUGUUUAUGCAAGUUGUUGGUAGAAUAAAUUGUUCAUUUCCUUGGCUUCAAAUUUAUAAAUAUUUGUUUAUAGUUUUCGCAUUCAAACAAUUUCUUAGGUCAGAUUUUGUCCAUGUUUUUGUAGUCUUUUUAACAUCUGUGGUUUUCAGUUCUAAAGGAAAAUCUUACAAAUAUUUCAAGGCCUUAAACACGUAUGUACUUUUUUUUCUAAGUUAUUCACAGAAUGUAUAAUUUUAUACUACUUUUAUUUUGCUUCAUUUGUUAUGUGGAGGGAAAGAAGAAUGGACAUUGCAUAGCCAUUCUGUAAUAAUAUUGUGUAAAUGUAUAGUUUGAAGGAUUGUAAAAGGAGAGGCUUCUGUAUUUUACUCAUCUUAGAUUGAUAAGAAGAUACUUCAGAAAUUGUCCUGUUAGGCAUUCGAUUAUGUUAGAGACAGUGUGGGUAUCUUCUGUGAUUUUAAAACUCACUCACAUGGCCAAUUAUGUAUAUGUUGAUUUCCAUGAUGGAGGCUGACAUACAGACCAAAGCUCUCCAGGGUAAAUUGGUAACAAUCUUCAAAGACCAAUAUAUUACCCAGAAUCUUUUCUCAGCAGAAUGACUAGCACUGUAAAAUUUGUUAAAUAUGAAAUUUGUAAAGUAUACUUUUGAUAUUGAACUAAAGUAUACUGACCCAUAAAUCCAUGGAAUGACUUUCUUCUCCCAUUUUCAUUAUGCAUACAAUUUGAUGGCUCUGAGUGAAUUUUGCAAUGGUUCAAGACUGUCUGAACUUGUAAAGAAAGGAGUAAUAGUUGUGCUGGAGUUUCUGCAUCAGUGAUAAUAUUAAUUUCUUUGGAACAAAGUGGAAAAUUAUAUUAUUUUAGAAAUUAUGAAUUUGUCCUAGCUUUGAAAUUAUAGAUUAUGCCUCUCUUUUUUAAACUAUGUCCUUUAAAACAACACUGGAAAUACUGUAUUAUAUUCAAGUGUAAUACAUGCAUAUCAAUAGAAAAAAUAAAUGGAAUUUCAAAUAUACUAACUAGAUUAUCCCCAGUAAUGUUGUGACUCUUCAGAAAAGGUGAAUAAAAUUGGAAUAUAAAAA